GCCUGUCAUGAGCAGAAGAAAGAGUAGACCUAAAAGGAGAACAGAAGAAAAGAAACCAUCCUCUAAUCUAGAGUACAUCAGCUCCUCGAGAAGAACUACAUUCAUCCUUACAGAAGUGAAAAUGAAGUUCACACGUGUGGCUCUCGCUGCUGCGGUCGUCAUCGCCUGCGUCUGUGUCCUCCAGACAACAGCUGUUCCCUUCACACAGCAGGCUGAAGAUGAGCAUCAUGUGGAGAGUGAAACACCACAGGUGAACGAGCUAAUGACAGAAACUUCACAGGAACAAACAAAUCCUCUGGCAUUGUUCAGGACGAAGCGUCAAAGCCAUCUGUCCCUGUGCAGAUACUGCUGCAACUGCUGCCGUAACAAAGGCUGCGGAUACUGCUGCAAAUUCUGAUCCUGCGGGCAUUUUACUGAGUCCUCUGCGCUCUGGAAAAGAGUUUCUUCGAAACAUUAACUUAUUUGGACUUUUGUCUUCAAAACCCCUUGCUGAAACAAUUUUCCCUGUCGCACCAUAUUGUUUGAAACGGGUAUAAAUGCAGGCUGUGUCUCCUGCAUACUGCUUUGUAAAAGCUGCAGCUACUGAAAUUGAACUCAGAAUAUUAGAACUCACUUGCUUUUGUUAACACUUUUAUGAUUUUGUAUAUUUUAUACAUGUAUAUAUAUUUUAUGCCUGUGUACAUAGACGAGGUAAAUCAGUGAUUGUUUAGUCGAUGAAAAGCUUUUGGGUAUUUGUAAUAAAAUGAAUUUACAUUUA